AUGACCAGGAACACCAACUUUGUGAUUUUGUCAUUUGGAGUUGUAGACAGCAAGAGUGAUAAUGUUUUGUCAGCAAAGGGAAACCAUAGCUUAGGCGUUGUUAAAGGGAAUGAAAGUUAUGAGCUUCUAAAUCAGGCAUUUGGUGAUAUAUUUAAUCAGAUCAACCAUUUGAACAAACUGAAGCAUAUUAAAGUGGGAGAAAAAAUUGUUAACUUAGAAAUAUUUUUUGGUGGAGAUUACAAAUUUCUACUUCUGGUAUUUGGAUUGCAAAAUGCUACUUCUAACUAUUCAUGCCUGUGGUGUAAAGUCCACAAAGACAAAAGAUGGGAUAUGUCACAUGAUAUUAGCUAUUACACUUCAGUACAAUUAAAGCGUUCCAUAAAAGACAUCCAUGACCUAGCUGGUAAGUCAAAAAACAACUAUUGCUGUGUUGCUCGGCCAUUAGUAGAAAUUGACCUUGAUCAUGUUAUUUGCGAUGAACUGCACUUGAUGCUAAGGGUUGUCGAUGUGCUUAUUGAUAAUCUAAUGGAAGACGUACUUGAAUGGGACAAGACUGAAGACAUGUGUAAAAAAAGGUCUGAUGAAAGGGGAAUUCAUUUAAACAAUUUAAUAAGCACAAUAAGGUCUUGUGGAGUAAGCUUCAACAUUUGGCAGAAAAAAAGUGCUGAGGGUAACGCUUCAGGAAAAUAUGAAUGUACCAGCUUACUCAGUCAUGAUAAAAAGAUUCUUUUACAACAACUCCCACGCAAGUUGAGUACAGCAAUCCAGGAAGAUUCGUGCAGUGAAGUAAUACAAAUUUGGCAAGAUUUUUAUGAACUGUAUAAAACAAUUAAUAAGGAACACCUGAGUGAGGAAGAAAUUAACAAUUAUUUUGAUAAAGCCAAAGCCUGGGUUAAGCUGUUUAUUUCACUGAGUCCAAAACGCAAAGGAUACAACAAAUCUAGGGUAACACCUUACUUGCACAUAAUGGUGUACCAUGUCCCACAGUUCCUUCGACUCUUCAAGACAAUGAGAAUUUUUUCCGGUCAAGGUGUGGAGAAAAAUAAUGAUGUUGCCCGCAGCACAGUCCUUAGGAAAUCCAACAAACUGGAUUCUACAUCUGAUGUUUUAAAGCUUGAAUUUCGACAGAGACAACUUCGCGAACAAGAGCGGAACAAGAGAACAUAUGAAAAAGUGGAUGGAAGUUAUUGGGAAUCUGAAAUUUUUAAGAAAAGGCAGAAGAGAAGGCUCGAUCAUAUUUGA